CAAUGGGUGGAGCUGCGCCGAAGACGCUCAACUUUACCGCAAGCUCUUACUUUUGAGCGUUUCUGAAAACUGUUUUACACCGUGACAGGAUGCUCGGCAGCCACCUCAGAGUGCCGCGUAGGGAGAGACGUGGGUCCAAAUGCGAUGGCCACACAGAGGACGCGUCUGGUUCCGCACAUCCUGCUCGUCCUGCUGAGCACUUGUGCAGCAGCAGGUCCCCCUGCUCCUCCCUCUAAUCUCGAGUGCUAUAGACCAUGUGAUGAGAAAGAGUGUUCACUUAUACGUUGCAAAUGGACACCAAACCCCAAGAUCAACUCCUCCUACCAUUUGUACUGGAUGCCAGCAAAUAACAUGGAUGGGUCCAUCACCAGUGAGUACAGUUCAGAUGGGAUUAUCUAUCGUGAACAGUUUCCCAGCGAUGGAGACUUUCGUGUUUGGGUCGAGGCUUCAAACCAGUAUGGUUCUGUUAGAUCUCAGGAAAUUCUCUUGAAUGCAGAACAUAUCAUCAAGCCGCCUCCUCCUACGUUCUCAUCAAGCAGUCAGGACCCACUACAGAUUUAUUGGGGCAGUCAGGAGGACCCACUAGAGAUUCAUUGGGGCACCAUAUGUAACAACCUGCAGCGGCAGGUUGGAACCUGUGAUGUCAGAUAUAACACUGAGGACAACCAAAAGUUUGGGUUUGAGGAUGGGCUAUGUAGCACCUAUUCAGUCUUGGACCCUCAGCCCGGCACAAUCUAUGAAUUUCAAGUUCGAUGCGCCUGUGACUCGAGCCUCAUGAGUGACUGGAGUAAAGUGCUAAGAAUAAAAAGUCCAGAGUCGGCCCCAGUUGGAGAGGUGGAUGUAUGGAGGGACUGUGACGUGUCCUCGGCAGGACACAACUGUUUUCUGACUUGGAAGAACCUGUCAAUUUCUCAGGGACGAGGACUCAUUCUGGUUUAUGAAAUCAGUAUAAUUUACAGCGACGACAAUGUGAAGCAGAUGAAUGUAUCUGCACUUGAAUCGAGCAGCCUGUCAGCGUAUAAUGAGACGAUGUGGCGCCUCAGCUCCUCUCUGAAAGAUGUGUCAACAGUCAGUGUGUCAGCCUACAAUGCUCUUGGUGCUACAAAUGCUACUCACCUAGUUGUACCACUAAAAGGUAAAGAUGGAAAUGAUCAAACGAUUCACCUGCUGAUAACCGAUCAAAACCUCACUGUGUCCUGGGACCUGCCCCCGCAGUUCUCAGACAACCUCAAACAAUACGUGGUGCAAUACAAAGAGUGUUCACCACGCCAAACCUUUGACUGGAUCAAAGUGGACACAGAUGAAACAGAAGUAUAUUUUCAAGGCACAUUCAAAAAAUACACACCGUACCGAGUGUCAAUGUUUGCAGUGUCGAACAUGAAUGAAGUGUAUCAACUCUCAACAGCCAUUGGAUAUUCUGCUCAAGGAGCUCCCUCCAUGGUUCCGACCUUUAAGCUGCUGUCAGUAACUGCCACUGAUGCGACUCUGUUUUGGGAGCCUGUCCCCUUCUCCAAGCAGAACGGUGUGAUCUCAAAUUACCUAGUAGGAGUAGAGAAGCAACAAGUAUACAAUGUGACUGUAACCCCAGAACAUGGAAAUCAGACUUUGGAGCUGAAAAAUCUUAGUCCAGCCCAUGACUACAAGGUGUGGAUCAGCGCUGUGACAGCAGCUGGGCCCGGUGUAAAAGUAACCCAAACGUUCAAAACCAAGCAGUCUUCACUGAGUUUACUGGGAUUCCUGCUAGUAAUUCCUGUCAUACUCUUAGUAUGCUUUGUUUUCUUUUUACUCAAUGCUAUUCAAGGGAAAGGCAGUGUGUGCAGAUUUUGGCCUCAGUGUGUCUAUGAGAAAAUACCAGAUCCCCGCAAUAGCCAUAUCUUCAGACAAGCGAAGAACCAGAUUAAUGAGUCUUUCACUUGGAACUCCAUCAGGACCUAUGAACCUCAUCCUAAGAUUUCUUUGUUAGAAAUUGUGGAAAGAACGCCCAUUGCUGUUGACUCUAAUGGAUUAACUAGACCGGUGAUGAAAGAGGAGUGUUCACAGAUGGAUUAUGAGGAUGGCCGGAGGGUGGAUGUUGUUCCAGAGGAGUGUGACAGGACAGACCACAGAUAUGGAAAAGGGGAGUACAGCAAAAUGGAUAACUCGGAUGAGGAAAGGAAUGAUUGUUCAAGCUCAUCAGAGGAAGAACAUUAUACAUCAGGUUAUGAAAAGCACUUCAUGCCUUCUGUGUUGGAAAUACUGGGAGACUGACACCCCCCUGGACUUCUUUGCAGACCUUGCAUUAUGUACUCCAGUUAUUGGAAAGGAGAAUCUGCUGAAGCAAUCAUCUUACCGCAUUGAUUAUGGCCUAACUUUUGCAUUUGUUUCUGUUUUAGUAAUUGUUCUCUGCUACCUCUUAUUAAGGUAUCUUUUACUGCAAGGUAUUCCAUUCGAUUACUUUUUUUAUCACCUUUCUUGAUUCAUAGUGUCUAAUGUUGGGCCUGAUUGUGAGAAUAUCAGCUAAAAAUAUAUUUUUAGUUUUGAAAAUGAACAAUGAAUGUAAAUCUUAUAGCACUGCCAUUUCAAAUGAUCCACUAUGUUUACUGAUUCAACUUUAAUAUUUUGAGAAGUAACUCAUAGAUGGACAACUGUCAUUGUGUAAAUAAAUAACGGUAAUAUUGUCACUAAA